AUGUCGACUCCACCAGAUGAACGACAACCGCAGACUGCAACGAAGGACACCUUUGCAGAGACGUUACUUCCACUAUACCACGGACCUCAAGUCACCAUCCGGCUCGGGUCUGAUGGCCCGACCUACAUGUUGUCCAAAGCUCUUCUGUGCAAGAAGUCUACCUACUUUUCGAAGAUGUUCGAGGGCAAUUGCGCCGAAGCGAGGAGCUCGUUUGUAACCCUCCAAGACGAUGCCAUCACCGUCAAGCUAACUCACGAUCCCUUCAACGUCAAGCCAAUUUUCGAUUUCUUCAUCGAAUGGCUGUAUCUUGGCAAAUUAACACUGCUUGAGCAAGGCCGCAGCGACAGAAUAACCUGCCUUUUGAAGCUGGACCUCUUCGUAGACAGGAGCCUUACGUGUGAGUUGACAGACCUCGUGGCUGAGAGCAUCAAGCAGAUUAUCAUGGAGGACCCAGAGUUCAAGAAGAAGCGCGAGGCCCCGGGCUUAACCAAAUACUGCACUCUAAACGUCAAGUGUAUUACUACCAAGCAUCUCCGAAUGGCAGGGCUUUUGCGUACAGGGAACGCCGUACGUCGCGUUAUGGUUAUCGCAUUGGUAGAACCAUAUUUGCGAGCCCAAAGCUUGAUGUCUAUGCUCGCGGUAACGAUUGUGCAGUACCCGAAUCUCGCAUUCGAUCUUCUCACUGAAGUCAAAAAAAUUAUGCUUGCGGCUGUGCCACGUGCCGGAAUGAUCUGGAUUACGGACCCCCUGACACAGAUAGAGGCACCUCUGAAAUAA